AGUGCAAACGUCCGAGCAAGAGGUUGAAUCUCUCUGCCCGUGCAUUUACCGCUUUGUGUAGUAGGGAACAGCUCUACAGUACUUUGGAGGAAGAAAAAAAAAGGUUUUGUAUUUUCUACUGUUGGGUGUGAUUGGGCGUACGUUUCGAUUCGAAUUUCCCGUUCGUUGAUUGUUGCAAGUUAUCGCGCGAGUGGAGUGGCGAAUGACGGUCUUUUCGCUGCACGGAAAUUGAGGGUGGAAACCUUUUCCUCGACCGACUGUCGGACGGUGAAAAAAUCAGUGCUGGAAGAUAUACCCUGCCGUUUCUCCUCCUACGUUCGUCGCGUCCACGGUUCGAUUCCCGUUUCAGGCCGAGUCCGAGAAGGAAAAGAGGAGUGGUUACGGUGGUGUGUGUCAUCGCGUUGUUCGCAUACAGCGAUCGCGGUGGGAUUCGUGUGCGACUUAGCGCGCCGUGGAUGUGUGCGUGUUGGAUUGUGUACUACCCACUUGAAUGUGUGCAUUUUUUGUAUGAGAUUUUCUGAUUAAUCAGAAGGGAAAUUUAGCCGUAUCGCUGCAAGUUCGGAAUCGGAACGUCGUCGACGUCGGUGUGGCAGGAAAAUCGGAAUAAAUUCUCGGCGACGGUCGCCGGUUGCUGGUGCGGAUUUAGGUUGUAAUUAGAAAAUGUUUUUCGUCUUUUCCAGGAGGAUUCAGUAGGUUUUGAUGCAAGUUUUCGGUAGGAAAUAAUCGGUUUUCCUGCGGUGAAAAAGUGUAUUCACGCUAGUAUAGUGUGUUGGUGAAUAUCAAAGGAGUGUUCUUUUUAUUCCCUGUUCGGUCGCUCCCCAAAGUGGGAAUAAGAAAAAGAAGAGAUAGGUGGCAAUUUGGAAAAUAAUGUUUUCAAACUGCGGAACCGAUUGAUGUGUGUUCCGGUGUUGUUGGGCGGAGCAGCUCUAGGCAGUGUUGAGGUAGUAAACCUUUUGUGGAUUGGAUACCGAAGUGGAUGGAAUCUUGGAGAACCGGAAUCGGUGCCGAAUGUGAUUCCGGGAGUGUGCUGCUGGAAUAAGAAGAAGCUGGAGUGCGAAUCAAAGUGCUGCUGGUGAAUAUUCAUCCGGAGUGUAUUAUUCUCUCGGCUCUUAAGUAGGAAGAAAAUCAACACACCAGCAGGAAACAAACACAUUUAAAAUACGUAUAUACAAACACAGUAUAGUCGAGGAAGAACCGUGGUGCGUGAUAUCGGUUCGGUUCUCGUGGUUUUGGAUAUCCUACCACCACGACACAACAACCACGGCAACAGCAAUCAUCAUCAGCAGCAUCAGCGCCGCCAUCAGCAGCAGUAGCAACAUCGAGCAGACAAGAACGACGUCGACGACAACGACGACGAUUACGUCAAAAUGGCGCAUCAAAUGAUGCCCCAGUCGGUGAACUGCUCACUGGACGAUAUCGAUCUGAAUGCACUGAAGGACCCAGCUGGAAUCUUCGAACUGAUCGAAGUGGUCGGAAAUGGAACCUACGGACAGGUUUACAAGGGUCGCCACACAAAGACUGGACAACUCGCUGCCAUUAAGGUGAUGGACGUCACCGAAGAGGAGGAGGAGGAAAUCAAACUUGAGAUCAACGUGCUCAAAAAGUACUCCAACCACCGGAACAUUGCCACGUACUAUGGUGCAUUUAUCAAGAAAACCUCGGCCGGAAAGGACGACCAGCUGUGGCUGGUGAUGGAGUACUGCGGGGCCGGUUCCGUUACCGAUCUGGUCAAAUCUACCAAAGGCCAGAGCCUCAAAGAGGAAUGGAUCGCCUAUAUCUGCCGGGAGAUCCUACGGGGGUUGAGCUACCUGCACACGAACAAAGUGAUACACCGGGACAUCAAAGGCCAGAACGUGCUGCUCACGGACAACGCCGAGGUCAAAUUGGUGGAUUUCGGUGUGUCGGCACAGUUGGACAAAACCAUCGGCCGGCGGAACACCUUCAUCGGUACGCCCUACUGGAUGGCACCGGAGGUCAUUGCAUGCGACGAAAACCGAGACGCCACCUACGACAACCGGUCCGAUCUGUGGUCCCUCGGCAUCACCGCCCUGGAGAUGGCCGAAUCGCAGCCACCCCUGUGUGACCUGCACCCGAUGCGGGCACUGUUCCUCAUUCCCCGGAAUCCACCGCCGCGACUGAAAUCGAAAAAGUGGUCCAAAAAGUUCCACGGAUUCAUCGAUACGGUGCUAGUGAAAGACUAUCAUCAACGGCCUUACACGGAACAGUUACUGAAGCAUCCGUUCAUCAAGGAACAACCGACGGAACGGCAGGUGCGGAUACAGCUGAAAGACCAUAUCGAUAGGUGUAAGAAACGCAAGCAGGAGAAGGAACGGGACGACUACCGGUACUCGGGUUCGGAGAAUGAAGAAGAGGAACUGCCAACGGCCGGUGAACCAUCGUCCAUCAUUCAGGCUCCCGGUGGCGACACGCUGCGGCGAAACUUUCAGCAGAUCCAGGAGGGCCGGACGUUGAUGCAGAAUGCCGAACAGCAACAGCAACAGCAGCAGCAGCCACAACCGCCGCCUAAUGCGAACCGAAACCAGAAACCACCAGCGCGCGACGAGCGGAGUAAACAGCAACCGGUGGAGGAACCGGGUCCACCCUCGCGGCCAGCACUACCUCAGCGUCUAAUAGUGGUACCGGAUCCGCCGGCCAAUGCCAACGCCAACCGGCCGCUGCCUCCGACGCCCCGUUCCGGCAGCGGUUCGUCCUCCCAGCAACAGUCCCAGCAGCCAUCGUCCCAGCAACAAACGCCCCAGCAACCGCCACGAAAUUCCCAGAACAUCUUCAAACCAAUGCUGCCACCACGCCGACCAGAGGAUUUGGACAUGUUAGCCGCACAACUAAAUGAAUUGGGCGUCUCCCAACAGUCACAGCAAGCGCAGCCGGAAGCCCCACCACGGAACAACCGGCAGCAGUCCCAGCAAUCCGGUGGUGGUGGCGGCAGCAGCAGCAAUAGCGGUAAGCCCAUGGUCGUCGUCGCCGCCCCGAACGGCAACAACAACAGCAGCAGUGGCGGCGUCGGCGGCGGCAUCGGCAUCGGUAUUAACAAUAACAACAACCAUCACCACGCGCAGCCGAUCAACCCGCUGGAUCCGAUCGAGAGUUCCGACUCGGACUCGGAACCGGAGGAGCCGAACGAUCGGGCACGGAACGACGGUACGCUGCUGGCCAGCGAUCCGCCGAAGCCACUGCCCGGUGGACUAGGAGUGUUGGCCGAGUCCGACCAGAACAACCAAUCGUCCACGACGACGACGACGACGACGACUACGACGACGACCACGACACCCGGCGGUAGCAACAGUAGUGUGCUCUCGCCACCCAGUGGUGGACCUCCGAACCGGCCACUGCCACCCACGCCGGACGAUGACGACGCCCAGAGCGAUCGGACGCUGAUCAAGAGGAACUACGAUAACAAAUCGACCUCAUCGAUCGGGACCACGACCUCGUCCGCAUCCACCGGAUCGACCCAGUCCGAGAGCGAGGAAGCCGUCCUGCUGCGGGAUUGGGACUUUGAGCGGUUCUUCCCGUCGAACGAGCGUCCACAGCGACUGCCCCAGCAACGCCACUCCAUGUCGGAUAAGUCGUCCUCCUCGUCGCCGGCCGAUUCCCACGGACGCCUGAACGGGCUGGACAAGCUCCGCAAGGAACGAGAAAACAGCAAAAUGUCAAACCUGGCCUUUGCCGAGAAGAAGAAAGUCGAAGAGAUGAACAACAAGAUCCGCCUGGAGGAACGGGUCAAGAGCGAAAUCUUCGCCCGCCAGUACCACAAACAGCAAUCUCCCGGAAAGUCUAGUCCCGGUACGUCCGCAUCCACCAGUCAACCACAGUUCCUUGCACCGCAAUCUCACAAACGUCAGGAAUCUGACUCUAAACUCUCGCUCAACUUUGUCCGGGGAUUCCGCCGGGAGAACUCGGACUUUUUCCCACUGUCCAAACGGCACUCGGCCAUCCUUGGCGAGCAGAUUACACCCGGAAGCAGUGGAGCCAGUUCCAAGCAAAUGUCCUCCAGUGCCAUCCAGCAGCAGCAACGUUCCAGUGCCAUAUUCUCGCGCAAUCGCAAUAAAGGUGAACCCAUCCUGACGGACUUUACCGUCACGAAACGGGGCGAUGGGGACGAACCGCGGCCACGGACACCACCGAGACCUACCGGCCUCUCUGGCGGGGUCAGCAAUCAGCCUACUCCCAGGCCAGGAAUAACUCCCUCGGUACGGAAUCUCGACUUCCUGCGGCCACGCCGGGAGAAGACCGAAUCGGUCAUCUUUUUACGCAAUUCGCCCACCCGACAGCAACUGUUCGACAGUCAGAACCGCGGCGGUGAAAACAGCAGUUUAGGAACGCCAGGUCAGCGCACGAGCAGUGUCCUGCCGGAUCUACUGAGUCAAGCGUCCCCGGCAACGCCCCCACGACACGACAAAUCGGCCAGCGAAGAGUACCGAGCAGCCGUCAGUUCCUCCGCCCAAUCCACACCCUCCAAGUCCUUCAUCGGCGUUUCGAGCCCCGGCGUCAUCAACAACAACAGCAACAACAACAACAAUAACAACUACAAUAUCAAUAAUUUUAACCAUCACAGUAGUAGUAACAAUGCCGGCCAUCACCUAUCGCCUCCUAGCAAAGGUGCUGGCGGCGGUGGAAAUAGCAAUUCCUCGCCGCACUCGACGGUGUCGAAUUCGUCCUCUUCCUCCCACCAUAACAGUCCAAACCAUUCGAUUAACAUUAGAAACCUAAACAAUCACAACAAACUUCUACAUGGUAGCAAUAAUAACAAUCAUUUACCUCCCUAUCAAUUGAACCAACCACACCACCACCACCACCACCUACAACAACAACAACAACAACAACUACUACUGCACCAUCAACAAUCGCAACCUGCGUCUCUAAACUCCACUCCCGGUGGAAUCGGUGCUGGUGGCGGUGCUGGUACUGUCAAUUCCGGUGCACCUCCAUUGCCUCCGUACGCAUUGGCCUUGCAACAGAAGCAACGGAGUUUCCUAACGUUCGGCUUCAGUGCCGGCUCGGGAGGAUCCGGAGCUGCCCGGCGGGAAAGUCACGUCAACGUCAACGUGACCCCGACGUCCCACGAUGCCGCCUCCGAUACGCCCGAAAUACGGAAGUACAAGAAACGGUUCAACUCGGAGAUCCUGUGCGCUGCGCUGUGGGGCGUCAAUCUGCUGAUCGGAACCGAGAAUGGCCUCAUGCUGCUCGAUCGGUCCGGACAGGGAAAGGUCUACCAACUGAUAUCGCGACGACGGUUCCAGCAAAUGGAGGUGCUAGAAGGCCAGAACAUUCUGGUGACCAUCUCCGGUAAGAAGAACCGGGUGCGAGUGUACUACCUGUCCUGGCUCAAGUCGAAAAUCCUCCGCACCGAUGGAAUGGGUGAUCAACAAGUGGAACGCCGAAACGGGUGGAUCAACGUGGGCGACCUGCAGGGGGCGGUCCACUUCAAGAUCGUCAAGUACGAACGGAUCAAGUUCUUGGUGAUUGCGCUCAAGGAUUCGAUCGAGAUCUACGCCUGGGCGCCGAAACCCUACCACAAGUUCAUGGCAUUUAAGAGUUUCGCUGAACUUAUGCACCGCCCACUGCUCGUCGAUCUUACCGUCGAGGAGCAAACGCGACUGAAGGUGAUCUACGGUUCGGCGGAAGGUUUCCACGCGGUUGAUCUCGACUCGGCCAUCGUCUACGAUAUCUACCUUCCUAAACAUACUCAGGGUCCAAUCUCGCCGCACUGCAUCGUCACGCUGCCGAACUCGAACGGCAUGCAGCUGCUGCUGUGCUACGACAACGAGGGCGUCUACGUCAACACGAUGGGCCGGGUGUCGAAGAACAUCGUGCUCCAGUGGGGCGAAAUGCCAACGUCCGUCGCGUACAUCGGCACCGGUCAGAUCAUGGGCUGGGGCAACAAGGCAAUCGAGAUCCGUUCGGUCGAAACGGGCCACCUGGACGGGGUGUUUAUGCACAAGAAAGCCCAACGCCUCAAGUUCCUCUGCGAGCGGAAUGACAAGGUGUUCUUCAGCAGUGCCAAAGGUGGUUCGUCCUGUCAGAUCUACUUCAUGACGCUGAACAAACCCGGUAUGGCCAACUGGUAAAACCACACAAUCCCGGAAGGGGGCGUUCGGAAUCGAAUGAGUGCGACCAAGAGAGAGAUAGAGUCAGUAGCAUGUGCAUGGCCGGCUUAUGGUGAACGUGAGAAGGCGGAAGCAUUAUUAACUCCUAUUAUUAUGCAACACAGACACACACACUGUUAGUUAAGGUAAGUCAUCUGGAGAAAAAGCGUUUACCUACAAUUUAUGUUCUUUUUCUGUCUGCGAGAGCAAAGUAAAAACAAAAUAUUAGACGAUUAGUUUAGGAACCGGAAAAUCUGCAAAUCUGCAGGAUAGGUGUACAUCGUGUUAGUGGAAGCAAGUAUAAAGCAAGAAAUACAGUCGUAUAUAUUAAUUAUACCAUCUAAGAAAUUGGUUACAAAUUGGCAAAUGUGUUGUGACAAAAGAAGGUGUUCGAAUCCCUUUUUGGUCCCCCGUGUAGUAGCUUUUUUCCCCAGUCAAAAUGGGGCCAUUGGAAAAGACAAGUCGCGCUUCGCUGGAGCUUGGCUUUUGUCCCGCUAAUCGGAAAUUUUAAAUUCAAUCUCAAAUUUCUGUAAAUAUAUAUACAUUGAAUUUACACAACUCCCCCCUUCUAUAUACCUGCUUGCUACUUGGUGACGCGAAGCUGAAACUCAAGAACAGAAUACGAUCGAACAAAUUGUGAUUAUUUAUUUGUGUAAUCUGCUUUAAAUGACAAUUAUGGAUUAGCAGUUUUAUCAUCCGGUUCUCGAUAGACGAAAAAACAAAGCAAAAAUUCUGACUCCACAGAAUUUUAAACCGAUUCCAAUUCUGAGUGGACAGUCAGUCAGACUAUGGUAAUUAUUAUCUUUGAAGCAUCUUAGCGAUCUUAGCGCGGAUUAUACGAAAUAUAAAUGCAAAGGUAAAACGAAGCAGAAGAAGAAGAAGAAAAAAAAAACGGAUGAGGUAGAAGUUAUAGAUUGUAUUAUAUUUUUGUUUGUUUUUUAUAGAAAUGCUUAUUUUUUAUACACACUUUAUGCGUCAGAAUAAUAUUUUUUAUUGUUUGUUUCCUAUUUUUUAUUACUAUACAAAACCCUCUACAACAAUACUUUCUCGCUUAUAAUCGUGCUGUAUAAAUGAGAAAAUCUGCCACAAGAAAACAUAAAAAUGCCACGAUUCUUACGUAAAAAAGGAUGAGCUAUUAUUAUUAUUUUUGGUGACCUUUAACCGGUCCAACACUCACAGCGGAAAUCGUUUUGAUUUUUUUUUUAAAUAUUUUGUUCAUCCCAAAAUUUAAAAAAAAAAUAACAUUUCCUUUAGAAUUUGGUGCUUACCUCCCUGAACCGCUUGUUUGGACGUUCGCCUAUAGUUUUUUUUGUUGCCAAAAAUACACCUUUUUUAGUUUGACCGAGCCUGGUGGGAAAUAAUGUCAAAUAGCCCUCAGUUUUCCGAAAAAUGAAUCAGAGUAGAUUUUCGUACUACAACAACGCAUUAGCAAUCAAUAAUAUGCACUACUGAUUAAACACUUUCCUAUUUUGUAAUUGUUCAUGAGCGGUUGGGUCAUGAUGUCCCACUCUCGUUUCUAAUAAGUGCCAUUUUCUUCUGUUUUUACUUAUUUUACCUUUAGUCUUCCGUGUGCAAUAAUUCCACUCAAACCAUACAAGUCCGAUCCCUUUUUGGCGAACACCUCUGAUUGAAAUAAACACACUCACUCAAAUCGACGGCAACUUUUGCUUUGGUCAAUCUUACCGUAAACAACAAUAACAACAACAAAAGUCUGAUCUUAAACUAUCCCUAGACUCGAUCCUACUACUACCACUUUCCGUCGAAUUUCCCUCGUUCGACACACGAGUUCUGCCAAACGGCCACUUUGCGCCAAAUGGACAAAUUUCUUGCAUUUCCACGGUUUUAAAUCCACAAGAACGACACACAGUAGAAAAGCAAACAAACAAGUUUAGAAAUCAAACACUAGCGACAGUGAACUGCACGCAUUUAGUAAAAUAAUUACAGUUGGUAAAAGAAAACAGAAAACAGUAGCGAACAAUAGGUAAUUAAUUAAGACGACAAGUUAGAUACAAUUUUUAAACAGAUCAAAUCAAUCAUGGAAGCAAGAGAGAAUGAAUAGGAGUAAACAAUCGAAAGGGUAGAGAGAGUUUUCUAUGGGUUCAAUCGCCAUAACGCGGAUACGCAGAAAGGAUCGUGUAAAGAAAUGCCUUCAAUCAACAACAUUAAACAAAAGUGACGAAAACAAAAUAAACAGAAUCAGUGAUAGGAUUACAGACAGAAACACAUCGCUUACCUAUGUAAUGUUUUAUUUUAAUUUCGAUUUUCGAACAACCCUUCCGUUGGAAAUAGUUUAUUAUAUUUUGCAUUUCUAACUGGACUCUUCAGAAGUGCGGAAUCGCUGAUAAAAGUGCGAUUUUACGAUUUUUGGUGUUUUCACGACGUUCAAUACGAUUUAACGUAAAACCGUACUUUUAUUAGUUUUUCCGCUAUACUCUCACAUACACAUACAUUCAUCGUACACACGUCAGAAUAAAAGUUGUUUUUGUUUAGGUGUCAACCGAGGCAUUUUCAUCCAACAUUGUUGUAGUAGUCACACCAUGCUCUCAUAUGUCCUCACAAGUAUAGCCAAUCUACCAUUUCAUAACCCUCCCCCCAUUAUCACAAAUUGUACGAAAACGAAUCGAAUACACACAUACAGACACAAACACACGUCCUAAAAUACACACAGACACAUGCACUAACAUACAAAUACAAGUAUUCUUAGCGAACACACAGAAUUAUCUCUUUCAUAUCUUUAUUACGGUAGGAAUACAUUCAAUCAUCCACACCCAUACACAAACAAACCCUUAUCUGUGGUCGAAUGUGAGAUUAGGAAUAACAAAAAAAAAAACUAUACACACUCUCACAUAAACCAACAAAAACGUAUUCAUUCUAAUUCAUUCAACCAUUGAACAAAACAAAACAAAACAUAAUAAUAAAUUACAGUGAAAAGCAGAGAAAACGCAACCUUUUUAAAGAUAAACAAACAAAAGAAAACACAAAAAAUAAGUAAAUAAUAAUUAUGAGCAUAUAAACGAAUUGAAAGUAUAAAACGUAAACACACGCUAAAUGGCUGAGGAAGAGUAAAAAAAAAGAA